GUCGUGCGUCGCUGACUUUCCUCUCCGACUCUCCUAUCCAAACCCUUUCCCCUCUUUACAUACCAGCCUCCCUCCUUCCUUCCUCGAGCCUUCCAUUGCCCAGGCCGACCUAAAGCCGCCCAUUCCGCCGUCCCCCAUGCUCUAGAGGCACGAGUGCGCGGAAGCCCACGCCUCCACCGGCGGCCGCCCCUCAGGGACCCUCUGAGGAUGACUACCCCUUCGAGGAAGAGGUUGAUGAGGGACUUCAAGCGGUUGAUGCAGGACCCUCCUGCUGGCAUAAGCGGCGCCCCGCAGGAUAAUAACAUAAUGCAUUGGAAUGCUGUGAUUUUUGGGCCUGACGAUAGCCCGUGGGAUGGAGGUACGUUUAAGUUGACUCUCCAGUUUAACGAAGAAUAUCCUAAUAAGCCACCAACUGUUCGGUUUAUUUCUCGGAUGUUUCAUCCCAACAUUUAUGCUGAUGGAAGCAUAUGCUUAGAUAUCCUACAGAAUCAGUGGAGCCCGAUAUAUGAUGUAGCUGCUAUACUUACGUCCAUCCAGUCUCUGCUGUGUGACCCAAACCCGAAUUCGCCUGCUAACUCAGAAGCUGCCCGCAUGUUCAGCGAGAACAAGCGAGACUACAACCGCAAAGUUCGGGAGGUUGUCGAGCAGAGCUGGACGGCAGACUAGUGCACUGAGCUCACCUUGGCUGCGCCCACACGUGGUUUCCGCACCCAAAUGCUUUGUAACUAAAAUGGCUGAAUCCUGCAGUUAUUGUGGCUCUCUCCACCGCACAUCUCCGCCUGAAACAGCAACUUGCUAUGUUGCUUAAUGGAGAUUUCUUUGUCUUGCCUCAUAUAAACCCUAUGCUUUUACUGGUUGGUCUGGACUGGAACACAAACAUAUUGUAACAUCUUGUGCAAGUUGUAUUGCUGUAUGGCGUCGCAUUGACUCUGAAUCAGGGGCGCAAGUAUCUUCGGUCGUAUUAGCUGUUUGAACUACUCAUUCUCAA